AUGCCACGACGGAGCGCAAACCGGCCCCGCCCACGGAGCCUCCCGGCGGCGCCUCUCCCGGCAUCGCAAGUACCAUGUCAAUUCCUAUCUCCAGAAACAGUUGGCCAUGCCAAUGGCUUCAGCACCCUGACUCCGUUCCGCGAGGGUUUCAACGAAUUACAGUUCUAUCCAGAGGAAUUUCACAUAUGCAUCACAGAAACAGACGUUGCACCGCUGUUCCCCGCCGACUCUGUGAAACUUUCGCCAGCACCACAAUAUGACUUCGGUUACAAAGAUCUCAUUUCGAAUAAUGACAUAUUCUAUCCACAUCAUCGUCGCCCUCGCAUCCUUCCAUCCGAAAAUCCAAGUACAAUCAGCGGUGAUGCUCCAUCGUCCGCAGGCUCAACUUUCUCUCCUGUUCAAACAGAACAAGGUGAACCAUUUACUGGUCAACGGUCCCCCUGCCCAAGUCAGCUGGGCAAGACGGUUAGCGCAGUAGAUGCGGAAGAAGAGGCCAAGGACAGGCUCGCAGAUUACCAGAAACUCGUUUGCUUGGGGCCUCAGUGCCACAUGUCGUUCCAGUCUGAUAUUGAUCUCCGAACACACGUUCAGGCAGUUCACAAUCACACAUGCAGUUGGGCUGGUUGUCGACAUCCGAGUUUUGCCUCCCGCAAAGAACUCGCCUGGCACGUCAAAGCCGAGCACUUACUCAUAUGUCCAGUGCUAGAGUGCUCCGAUGAAUCGUUUCAGAGCAACCGCGAGUUGACCUCACAUAUUGCAGUGGAGCAUCCAGAGUCCGGGAGGGAUGUUGUCAAGGAAUGGGAACUGCCUCCCCCCGCAACCGACACGAAUGAAGUGACUCUUCAAAACGACCACAGCGUUGAGUCGACUCCAACAAAGUCAACUAUAAACAUUGAUUCGAAAUUCAAGGCAGCUGUGAAGGAGGUCAUGAGUGUGGCCAGAGCCAAAAAGAAGUGUCAGGAGCGCCUGUGGAAUGUUGUGGAGAAGAAAGCCAGGAAGAGCAGUGGCACGCCAAGAGCAGCAGAUAGCCCAACCGACCUUGUCCGCAGCCGCGCAUCUCGUGCGUUGGAAGCCGCCAGUUUCCCUCUGGUCUUUGAACAUGCCGUCCUCCCCUUUCUCGCCGAGUUCGUCCCCAAGUGGUCUGGCCCUCGACACGUAAUCUCCUGCACGAGAGGACGAACGCCUCAGCAUCGUCGAAUUUGCAUAAUGACAACAGCCAUGCUCUCGCGAACGCGGAAGAUCAUCAUUGCCCGCCAUGUGGCUGAUCUGCUCCCUGAAAAGUACAGGCGAACAGUAAGCUUUGUGUUUUCUGUCGGCCAAAUAAGUCGUGCCGCCCGUUGGGCCAGAGGCCUCAGCAAGGAGCACCCAGACGACGUGCGAUCCGCUCGAAAUCCCUACCAUUUCACCAGCCCGUGUAUGGGAGACAGUGUAGGUAUUUCGCGCGAGGGUCAUGUUGAGGAGAGUACAGCAACUCUGGGCCCAUGCCUAGAUGUUGAUCGGGGGUCAUACUGGCUUGUCAACUUCCACCCAUUUUUGGAUGCAUACCGGAAUUUAUCCAAGGUCAAUGUUGAACACCCUUCUCCACAGGAUCGAGAGCCGUGUUUGGUUGAAGGCCACGACUGUCUAUCGCAGGAGCCAAGCUUCAAGUUGGGCAUCGUUACGGUCACGUCUGGUCUGAAUCUGAAGACAACAAGAAUCUCCCAUGAUCCUUAUUGGGAAGACAACGACCUGGAACAGCCGCUGGUCGUCACCGACUGGGCAUUGGUAACUUCUAACAAAUCGGUAGGCGGUCGUGCAAACAUGCUUCGUCGCUUCCCGUCCGAAACACAGCCGCCCAUGGUUGAGCCGCUUGUCAAAUCAGUUUGCAGUGGAGUGAGCGGCAUCAUCCCCGGUGCUACUGUCCUCUCUAGUGGUCGAACAUCUGGUUAUCAGAGGGGAAUGGUGUGUGAAAUUCCUGCCUACGUCAGUGCGGAGGAGAACGGCACGGGCAAAGCAACUCGUGAAUGGUUCGUGGAGGAACCAUAUUCUCCAACAAGCAAUGAGGAUGCCUGGAUAAGGGGAGGCAUCGGAGUCGAGGGCGACAGCGGUGCGGCCAUCGUAGACGCAGAAACAAACCUGCUCUACGGCCAGCUCUGGGGUCGUAACAAGUACUGGGGACCUGGCCCUCGAAUCACAUUCUUUACGUCCGCCGCCGAUAUCUUUGAUGACAUUCAGGAGAAGUGCGGGUUGCAAAGUCGGCCCAAGUUGCCUCAGAUUCGAGACGAAGCAGACCGCUACGCUGUCUACCCUUCUUGUAGGCGCUGCUACGACUUGAAAACGUACCUAGACAGCCGGAGAAGCUCGAGGGUGUCGUUACAAAGCAUGAUAAACUACAGGAGCGAUGCAGAUCAUGACCUCACGUCGUCGAUUGAGAAUGUAUCCGAGCUAGCUACACCACGGGAUUAUCCGCGCGGCAGUGGCACUGGUAUGGAGGAAAUCGGCGCAUCCUUCACUACCACUAGCUCCCCAAUACCGCCUUUCGGCUUCUCAGCUGGUUCACCACCUGUGACAUGGACGAGUCCAUAUGCGCAGACGCUCGUCAUCGACGAACACACCGCUGUCGAUAACCCCAAGUUCCGGGACGCCAUUCUCGAGGCAGCCGCCAUGGAACCACCGCCAAAACGGAGAUCUAUCUGCCUAGACCAGGGCCGCCUAUUCGCGACGGAUUACAGCAUGGGCAAUCAACCAAAGAGGAAGAGAACUGGCAAGUAG